AUGACCCGAAAUGCAAACGCUUCGAAUUUGUAUCGAGCAUCUGCUCAUCGCCGAAACACAGACCACGAACACCGCGAGCGCAUCUACCAGGACAUCAUCACUGGAAGGACAGGCCUCGCGAAUGGCUUUCAAGGGCUACUUGCCAAUAACCGCCACGGGACUGCUCAACGGCUUGGAUCGUUGGUAGGCUAUGCAUCGGCAUUCCGUAUGCAUUCAAGUUUCUUGACGCAGGCGCGCACCACCUAUGGUGGACACGAAUUCGACGACUGCUACCAUCAUUUCGACAACUCGACCGCACCCUCUUGCACGGUGGAACCCCGCUCCGGUCUACGGCCUGGUCUCUCCGCCUACCCAAACAACAACCCCAGGAUCGGACCUGCGCCUAAUCAUAACACCAUGGAUCGUCAAGGAAGGCCUGUGAUCACCCGUUCUCCAGGUACGAUGCCAGUAGCAGACAUAGCUGCUGAACAGAACGGUCAUCUUGGGACGCAUAAUCAUAACGGCACGACUUGUCACAACGGUGUGAAUGGCGUCGGUUUUCUGCUCGACACAGUCAUGACGAACGGCAACAAUGUUUCAAAUGUCAGUGGAGACCCUACGCUCCAUGUCACUCCCCAUCCUACUCGCUUCAUAGUGCCUGCUGCGGACUGCGCGCCUUACGAUGACAGUCCCGCUUAA